AUGUUUGGAGAUGAUUUCAGCGUCGUGGCCCAGACAAGCGACGCUGUUGCAAUGUCUCCUAUUAGCACAAAAUCAUCGGCGUCCAGUCCCUCGCUCUCCUUCACCCCGGAUCAGCAUACCCUGAAGCGUCAGCAGGACCGUGCUCGCAGAGAUUCGCGCCUCAACGCCAGAUUACGCCGCUACAGCAACUCUUCCUUUGCAGACUCGACCAUUAUGAGCCCGAGGGAUACUAUCGGGAAUCUUGGACUUGCAGUCUACAACCCGACAACCCAUACGACGGUGCCUUUGAUGGCCGAAUCACCCCACCUCAUGCCAACAUCGUCAUACCUGCCCUCUUACAGUCCUACGUCAGAGACCUCGCACGGCUACUCACUGUCCUAUCAACAGCCACUUCCGCAGUCGUACAAUCUACCCAUGGAUUACUCAAACGGAUACAUAGGCGCGAGUGACUUUGGGUGCCAGCUUGAGGUCGAGUCAACAAACAACAUCUUCAGUUCCUCAUGGCCAAGAAGGCAACAUGAUGUACCAAUUGCCAAGAAGCCCCUCCAGUGGCCCCCACGAUCUCUCCCCCUCCGGAGCCGCAUCGAGCCGGCCGAAGCCUCGAUGCUGGGACCAUGGGUGCAAUGGACGCCAGUUCUCUACGUUUAG